AUAUCCCUCCGCGGGAGAGAAGCGCGCGGCCCUUUCCCUCCCGACAACACAGGAUGCGAACGGGCGGCGGUGAAGCUACGAGACGUUAACGGCCGUUAACAUUUCCCGCACCAUCCGAGUGAAAACACACCGAGCGAGCACCGGGGAACUCCCGCCUCUUCCAUCACCGACUGAACCCGCCCUGUGGCCGGUACCGACCGAGCUCCGUGGAAGAAAUAUAAUCCGCUGUGGGCGCUGCGCGGCAACCGAAACUGUUGAGCUAGCGACCGGGUGAAGAGCCAGAGAGAGCCGGGGGACGGAAUGGAGCUCAUCACGAUCCUCGAGAAAACCGUCUCUCCAGAUCGGAAUGAACUGGAGGCGGCACAGAAGUUUCUGGAGCAGGCGGCGAUAGAGAACCUGCCCACGUUCUUGGUGGAGUUGUCUAAAGUGUUGGCGAACCCGGGGAACACUCAGGUGGCUCGAGUUGCUGCCGGUCUGCAGGUGAAGAACUCUCUGACCUCCAAAGACCCCGACGUGAAGACACAGUACCAGCAGAGAUGGCUGGCCAUCGACGCCAACGCUCGCCGCGAGAUCAAGAACUACGUUUUACAGACUCUGGGCACAGAGACGUACCGGCCCAGCUCGGCGUCGCAGUGCGUCGCCGGGAUCGCCUGUGCAGAGAUCCCAGUGAACCAGUGGCCUGAGCUGAUCCCACAGCUGGUGGCCAACGUUACCGACCCCUCCAGCACCGAACACAUGAAGGAGUCCACGCUGGAGGCCAUCGGAUACAUCUGUCAGGACAUCGACCCUGAGCAACUGCAGGAGAACGCCAACCAGAUCCUGACAGCCAUUAUCCAGGGCAUGAGGAAGGAGGAGCCCAGUAACAACGUUAAACUGGCCGCCACCAACGCCCUGCUCAACUCUCUGGAGUUCACUAAAGCCAACUUCGACAAGGAGACAGAGAGACACUUCAUCAUGCAGGUGGUGUGUGAAGCUACGCAGUGUCCCGACACCAGAGUGCGUGUGGCGGCCUUACAGAACCUGGUGAAGAUCAUGUCUCUGUAUUAUCAGUACAUGGAGACGUACAUGGGUCCAGCUCUGUUCGCGAUCACUAUUGAGGCGAUGAAGAGCGACAUCGAUGAGGUGGCCUUACAGGGCAUCGAGUUCUGGUCCAAUGUCUGUGACGAGGAGAUGGAUCUGGCCAUCGAGGCCUCGGAGGCCUCGGAGCAGGGUCGCCCCCCGGAGCACACCAGUAAGUUCUACGCCAAAGGGGCCCUGCAGUACCUGGUCCCCAUCCUGACCCAGACCCUCACCAAACAGGACGAGAAUGAUGACGACGACGACUGGAACCCCUGCAAGGCUGCAGGUGUGUGUCUGAUGCUGCUGGCCACCUGCUGCGAGGACGACGUGGUUCCUCACGUUCUGCCCUUCAUCAAAGAGCACAUCAAAAACCCCGACUGGCGCUACAGAGACGCCUCCGUCAUGGCCUUCGGAUCCAUCCUGGAAGGACCCGAACUCAACCAGCUCAAACCGCUCGUCAUACAGCCUCAGACUGCACAGAUGGAAAGACAAUACUGUCUCAGAUACAUGAUGAUGAUGAUGGUGUUGUUACAGGUGUGUCUGGCGGCGGUGGGUCUGGUGUGUGACCUGUGCAGAGCUCUGAUGUCCAACAUCCUGCCUUACUGUGACGAGAUCAUGCAGCUGCUGCUGGAGAACCUCGGGAACGAGAACGUCCAUCGGUCAGUGAAGCCUCAGAUCCUGUCAGCGUUCGGGGACAUUGCUCUGGCCAUCGGAGGAGAGUUUAAGAAAUACCUGGACAUCGUCCUGGACACUCUGCAGCAGGCGUCUCAGGCUCAGGUGGACAAGACGGACUACGACAUGGUGGACUACCUGAACGAGCUGAGAGAGGGAUGUCUGGAGGCCUACACCGGGAUCAUCCAGGGCCUGAAGGGAGACCAGGAGAACGUACACCCUGAUGUGAUGUUGGUUCAGCCUCGGGUGGAGUUCAUCCUCUCCUUCAUCCAUCACAUAGCUGAGGAUGAGGAUCACUCUGAUGGCGUGGUGGCCAACGCUGCUGGACUCAUUGGCGACCUGUGCACAGCGUUUGGUAAAGACGUGAUGAAGCUGGUGGAGGUUCGUCCGCUUAUCAACGACCUGCUGACAGAGGGCAGACGCUCCAAAACCGCCAAGACCAAGACGCUGGCCACCUGGGCCACCAAGGAGCUCCGCAAGCUCAAGAGCCAGGCCUGAUUCAUGCUGGUCGGGGAAAAGAGAGAGAGAGAGAGAGAGAGAGAGAGAGAUUUGAAAGAUGGACAUCAGUGAACAACGAGGACAAACUGCCCCACUGGAAUUAACUCUUCUGUCUUUGUCGCGAGCGUCCGGUCGAAGCAGAAGUGAGAUGAAGUGAGAUGACGUGAGAUGAAGUGUGAGCUGAGUGUAUGUGUGAGAGCGAGACGUGUGAGCGAGCGAGAGAUGAUGUUCCAGCAGGCGACGACUCCCCCCCCACCACCACCCACACAAACCCCCCUCCUCCCCCCUCCUGGACGGCCUGUGGACUGGACUCUGACUCCCCCCUCCUCCUCCCCCCCAAAUCAAAACACCUUCAAGCCCUCCUCCCACAAUCCACCUCUCUCGCUGAAGCCGGGCUCUCCUGCAACAUCACGAUGACGUCACCGACCCGCCGCCGCCCCUCGAGCCGGGGGAAGGGGGGGGAGGAGGGGAAAUAGAUACAAACACGACGAGAAUAUAAAGACUUUUGAGGAAUCAAAGAUACAAAAACCAAGCGGACUUUGUGGACUUCUGUGGAAAACCUUAGAUUUUUGUUGCUCUUAUUUUUCUUCUUCUUCUUUAAACAGCGAAGGAGAUCUGACGGACACGAACACCUCCACCUGCUCAGUCUUCAGUGUUCGACGCUCUUAUCCAAACAACAACAACAGCACUAAAAUCCUACAAUAUAAAAGUAAAAAAAACCCGAAGAGGAAUCCUCCGAGGAGCGAGUGCCAAAUGGAAAAUAGUUUAGCGGAAAAUAAAAGGAGUGGAAGCGAGCUGCUGGUGAAGCGUUUGAGUUUUUAUUUCCCCGCUGCACUUGUUUUGGGAACGGGUCACUCACCAUUUUUGCUUGUUUAAAAAGAAAUGCAGAGAAUUGAAGACGUUUGUAUAAGGUUCUAUUUUUCCAUUGCUAUGAUGAAAAUAAAGUAAAAAAAACAAUAAAAUGAUAUGAAACAUUCCCCAAGCAGUUCUGGUGAUUUCGGUCUCUUCUGUCGUCUGUUGGACUCCUGGACUGAUGAAAUGUUUUGGACUCUGCUGAUUGGAAGCUGAACUGUCGGUUUGUUUACGCGGCGCCACAAAGAACCAUGAUUUUUCUUGUUUUUCUGUUUUUUAACUCACUUCGUGGCUUGUUUGGUAGCAGCAGCUGACGGGGACGUUUUGUUGGGACAUUUGUAGUUUCUGGGCUGCAGAAACCUGCGAGCACGCUCAGUGCCGUCUGCCCGCCUCGGCUCCGGGUCUGACCACUUCACUUUCAGUCUGUAACGGUCAUCACAGUCACCACCAGAGGAAGUUCUCUCAUUGGGAAAUAAAGUCAGAAUAUUCUGAUCCUGGAGUUGGAAGUGAAGUGUCCCCAGCCUUGGAGAGCUUUUAUUUCGUAGAGGUGUGGCAGCUGUAGGGAGGAGGUACUUCCUAUGUUGACAUGAUGAACCUGGCAACUCGAUUAUUACUGAAUUGUGAAUCAUUUAAAGCCAAUCUGCUUUUUAUUUCAUAUUCAACUUUAGUGAACUAAUAAAGUCUAUAUUGUACUGAG